AAUAUCCCCACGUUGUUCUCCUCCAUUGUCACUCGAACUCGGACGUCUGCACCGAUCUUGUUGUCGCGUAUCGUUGGCGAAUCGAACCGACCGCGUCGAAACUACCUUUUCCUCUUACGUCCGAGGCUCGAAGAUUAUACAUACAGUACAUAGCUCUCAUCGCCACCGCAUAUCGUUCAUUUCACAACACGUCGCUAUUCCCCUUCGCUCCAUCUCCUUUGUCUUCCUCACGGCCAUCGCGUUGGUAUAUAUUUUCUUUCGAGAACAGUCUGAAAGACCGAAUACGCGUUGACGACUGUCAACUCCUUUCCUUGUCAGAAUACUCUUGUCGCCCGCGGAGAUCUUCCGGUGCGCCGUGACCCAUCUGCGGUGAACACGACGCUCUACUCGUCGGCUGAUAAGGAUUCUGACAUACUACAACUUGGGGCACAUGAGUAGCAAGCUUUGGGAAUUCUUUCUGCGCGAUGACGUUGAUAGCUUCCGGCGGGUCCUGGCAACUGCCAGCUAUACCUCCGGCGGCCAACGGGCUCCAGGGCCUGGUGGACCCUCCAAUAUCAAGAUCGGAAGCCCUGGUGGUACCAUAGUCUCUCCCGCUGGUUUCUCUUCGAAAAGCAAGAAGUUAAGCGGGACGUCUCCUGGUAGCCCGGUCCCAGAUCGAAGCAACACACCUCGGGGCGGAAGGACAUUGUCUCGGGAGGAAUUAAAUGCUCGCGAUCAAUUUGGAAGAACGUUACUCCACCUUGUAGCCUCGUCAACAAGGCCUACUGCGAAUGAUUUCGCUGUCGCUCUACUCGAGGUGCCUUUUAUUGACAUAUAUGUGCAAGAUUGGGAGAGUGGGUGGACGGCUCUGCAUCGAGCUUUGUAUGCGGGCAAUGCGGCCAUUGCCCAAGCGUUACUGGCUCGUGAUAUACGUGAUGCAACGGAUUUUAGUAAAUCGGGAAACACAACCAACGCAAGCGGAACUCUGAUCAAAAUCAAAGAUCGAGAGGGAUAUAGUCCCUUUGAUGUCUAUGGGGCUACCAUUGCAUCCCGUGACAUUAAGAGUAUUGUUUCUCCGAUAGCGAAUGGUUCGAUUCUUACCGAUGUUGACAACACAGACGCUGUUUCUAUAGCAUCCUCACAACCUGAUGACUUCAACGAAGAUGGCCACUUUGCAAAGCGAGCGUUGAAACCAAGAACAAAUGUACUGGGUGACGAGGUAUUCACGUUCGGGAGCAACAAGAACUUAAACCUUGGUGUUGGGGACCAGGACGAUCGUCAAUUUCCCGAAAGAAUCACUUUCCGGCGUCCAGAACAUCUCUUGCAGCGAUUUUACGCCGAGUACCAAGAGCAGCGGUCGGAUGGAGGGAGUUUAGAUCCUCAUCAAGUGCGUCAAGAUGUGGAUUUGCCUGCAUUGAUCAAGAACAAGUCUAUCAAAAUCCAGAACAUUGCUAUGUCUAAGCUCCACACAGCUAUUCUCACUAAUGAUCCGGAAUCGAACCUGUUUUUGUGCGGUUUUGGCCCGGGUGGACGCUUAGGUACUGGUGACGAGUCAACGAGAUUCAGCUUUGUCUGUAUUGAAACAGGGGGGUUGGCUAACAAGAAGGUUAUUUCUGUUGCCCUUGGCCAAGAUCACACUCUUGCAAUUACGGAGAACGGCGAGAUAUUCAGCUGGGGGAGCAACAAGUUUGGUCAAUUAGGUUACGGUCUCCCAAGAACCAAUAACCGGGACGAUGUGCCGACGCAGAAGACCCCACGACAAAUAUUCAAUCCAUUUAAGAAGGAAACUAUCCUUGGAGCAGCGGCAUCUGCCGUACACUCUGUCGUUUUCAGCAAUUCUGGGCUGUAUACCUUUGGUAAGAAUGAAGGUCAGCUUGGACUUGUUGACUCGGAUGCUCGAUCCCUUGAAACCCAGACGACUCCUCGGCGCGUAGGAGCAUCUCUUUUCAGUGCGCCAAUCCAGAGCGUAUCCGCUAUUGAUCAAGCCACGGCUAUUCUUCUCCAGAACCAUGAAGUUUGGGUAUUCUCGCAAUAUGGUUACUCGAGGCUGUCUUUCCCCUUGGACAUAAGCUCGAGUUUCAUAAGGAACAGUUUCAUGUCUACCCGGUACGAUACAUCGGUUAAUCGGAUAAUCAAGAUAACAGCUGGUGGAAAUAAUAUAUGUGCCUUGUCUAGUGCUGGUGAGGUCUUCACAGUGCAGGUGAAUAAGGCAGAGUAUACACCGAGCUCGACGUCGACCACAAACCCAGCCAAGAUACGGAAUUCCUUAUCUACCCCGACUCGUGUGUGGUCUGUGAAAAAGGCACACAUGGCUGUUAGAGAUGUCGAUGUCGGACAAGAUGGCUCGAUCAUCAUCUGUACGGCAUCUGGUUCGGCAUGGAGGAAAGAAAAACGUGGGAAAUUAAAGGAUGAUCCAUCAAAGGAUCACAAAUUUGCCCGCGUACCUGGACUUUCCCGUGUCGUGGGGGUAUGCAGCAACGCCUUCGGAGCCUUUGCAGCUGUGCAGCGGAAUUGUGAUGUUACCAGGGAGCAAAUCAACGUGGACCAAAGUUCAUUGUGGAAGGAUUUGUUACCACUGUCGCCUUUCACCUCUGUAGUAGGCUCUGUGGCUGUGGACAAAGACAGUGUAUUAGACUCGGAGCCGGUCUCCAAUAUUAAGAAAGCCAUUAUGUCAGACUCAGAUAUCGAGACAUAUUUCCGACCACUACAGACCGGGCGCUUCCCUGGAACAGUUUGGAUCAUGACUACAACCUCUGACAUACGGUUGCCUGUACACGAAUUCAUACUGACAGGGCGCAGUCCGGUUCUAAGAAAGGCAUUUCAUGAUUUACCGCAUGCGCACCCCUUUUACAUUCCUGACGUGCUAACAAUCAACUACGAUGUUGAAGGAUGCCCACAGCUCCAAUUUCAAGCUGUUGAUUUUUUGACUGUUCUGAACCUCGCCUUCUUCUCCUAUACAGACAAUGUCUUUGAUGUAUGGCAACUGGCUAAGUACACGCCAGAAUGUGCCUCUAGGUAUCGUCAGGUCCGUUCCGAAGUGAUGCGUAUUGCAACCUGCCUAGGCUUCUCUAGCUUAGAGAGAUCUGCCAGGCUUAUGAUCGAGCCUACUCAGGCUCUGAAGUUAGACAUGGAACAUGCGAUCAAGGAUUUAUCCUUUUUUGACAGCGGCGAUGUGGUUGUUGAGUUGAAAAAUGACACGAUGAGGGUUCACAGCCAAGUUAUCUGCCAAAGAUGUCCAUUUUUCGAUGCCUUGUUCCGAGGUCGUUCGGGUGGUAGAUGGCUUUCCUCCCGCCGUUCAGAUCCGACUGACGAUAUUUACGUUGAUCUGAAACAUAUUGAUCGACAUAUCUUUGAGUUCGUGCUUCGGUAUAUAUAUGCUGACACGGAUGAGCAACUUUUCGAUCACGUUCGAACGAAGGACCUGGAAGAAUUCAUUGACCUGGUGCUUGAUGUUGCGUUUGUGGCGAACGAGUUGAUGAUUGACCGGCUGGGUCAAAUAUGCCAGAAGAUGCUUGGCAGGUUCGGUACGUUGAAGCAAACUUUCAUAUUAUUGUAAUUACGGCAAGUUACUAAGAGAAGCUAGUAACCACGCGUAAUGUGUGCUA